UUCAACAGAUGAUUACCUUAGGAGGGGAUGCUGAGUUGGAGCUGGUUGAUAGUCUGGAUCCAUUCUCAGAAGGCAUUGUGUUCAGUGUCCGCCCAAAGGACAAGACAUGGAAAAACAUCUCAAAUCUUUCAGGAGGGGAGAAAACCCUGAGUUCUCUUGCACUGGUAUUUGCUUUACAYAGAUACAGGCCAACCCCUCUAUAUGUCAUGGAUGAGAUCGAUGCGGCUCUUGACUUUAAAAACGUAUCUAUUGUUGCUCAUUACAUCAAGGAAAUGACUUUGAAUGCACARUUCCUUAUCAUCAGUCUUCGUAGCAACAUGUUUGAGUUAGCAAAUCAUUUGGUAGGAGUCUACAARACCUUUGAUUGCAGUAAGAGUAUCACAAUCAAUCCAGAGAAAAUUGCUUCAAAGAAGGGUUAAACUUACCAGACCAACCAAAUUCAAAAUAUUUAACAACAGUAAUAGUCCAACAUUCACUAGUUGAAGUUCRAWUCAGACCUUGAAAUCCAUUGUAAACUUUGAUUUCGUGUGARAGGGAGUUGUUAACAAAUGGCAGUUGUUGGGCACAUAAAACUAAUCCAACAGUAUGAUAUUGAUACUAUAUCCUUUGAGGUCAUCRAGGUCUUUUGGAUGAUUUAAUUAUUGUAUGGUGUAAACAAUAGUGUACUAUGCUAAUCUGGCAUAUCGAGAAUAAACAAUUUAAACAGUAACCUGA